UGUACGCUCUCCGUCAGCGCAUGCGCGAAGCUACAUACUGAAGGCUAGCAGAAAAUCCAAGCGACUGUUAGCUAAAAAAACUAUUUGGUUUCCGUAUUAAACACGGGGUGAAAUGUUUCGGAGAAAACUGGGCGCUCUGGAUUAUCACAACCCCGACGACUUUGACUGCACAGAUGAGACACAGUUUAGGAACUGCAUUGUGUGGCUGGAGGACCAGAAGAUUCGACAUUAUAAAAUCGAAGACCGAGGCAACCUGAGAAACAUCCCCAGCUCAGAGUGGCCCAAAGCCUACCAAAAGUACCUACAGGAUGUGAACUGUCCAUUUGAAGUCGAUGAGAGGAAGGAGGCUGUAGAUUGGUUACUGGGCCUUGCUGUGCGGUAUGAAUAUGGAGACAAUGUGGAGAAGUACAAAAACUGUCAGCCCCUGGCAGCUUCCAGUAACAGCAAUAAAGCCAUGGACCCUCUGUUUAACCUCGACAGUAAUUCUCCAGAUUUCAAAGCAGGGGUAACAGCUUUGUCCAACAUCCUCAAGAUACAGCGGCAUGACGACUACCUGGUUAUGCUUAAGGCCAUUCGUAUUUUGAUCCAAGAGAGACUUUCUCCAGAAGCCAUUGCUAAAGCCAGCAACAAUAGAGAGGGUGUUCCAGUAGCUUUAGACAAGCACAUCUUGGGUUUUGACACUGGAGAUGCAACUCUAAACGAAGCAGCUCAGAUCCUGCGCCUGCUGCACAUUGAGGAGCUGAGGGAGCUGCAAACCAAGAUCAACGAGGCCAUCGUAGCUGUUCAGGCCAUCAUAGCCGACCCCAAGACAGACCACCGGCUGGGCAAGGUUGGCAGAUGAGAGCGGGGGCGGUGACGGACCGCAAAGGGAGUGAGGGACUGAACCUGAUUUGAUUUUUGAGAGGAAAAACCUUUUGUUUGGUUAAAGGACAUCAAAGAAUUUUUGUUGAUUUUUUUUUUUUUUUUCCGUUGUUGCAUGAGAUCGGACUGUUUAAAUUGGGAAUCUCAUAAAUAAAAGACCCAAGUGUU